GAUGAAUUUCAAAUUGACUCGUUUUGAGGUGAUUACAAUUGUUUGGAGUUGGGGUAGACGAUUUGAAUUGGCUUGUUUUAAAUGACUCAUUUUGAAAAAAUGAGAUAAUUGACCAAAUUGUAUUGUUUCUCAAUUGAUCCAUCCAAACGGUUAGUUGAUUUCCAGUAUGGAUUAUAGUAUUUUGUAUUAUGGGUCUCACAAUUUUAUUUUUCACCAACCAAAUCUCAAAUGAAAUGUGAGAUUUUCAAAUUCAUGGGUUCACCAAUUUGAAUAUUAAAAAGUUUAAAUCUUUGAUUUCCUUCGAUUUUUAUAAAGAGUCGUUUGGAUGAGGAAUUAUAAAGUUUCAUUUUGAGACAGUCUUGCAAGAUUGAUCCAUUUGGCAACAUAAAAUUUAGAUGAAGCAAUUAUGUCAAUGAAAUUUUAAAUUGACUCAUUUUGAAGCAAUUACAAUUGUCUGGAGUGAGGGCAGACAAUUCGAAUCGACUCGUUUCGUAAAAUGAGACAAUUUGUCUCAUUUUUUAAUUGAUCCAUCCAAACGACCCCAAUUUAUUCCAACUUUUUACCUUAACAAAAAACAAUGUUGUUCAAAUCCAUCAUACUUUAAAUAUGGGUAGGAAGAAUACAAAAGUAAAUAUGUGCGAGUGUGGGCCAAAGCAGACGAUAUCGUACUAAUGAAACUACUCAAUCCCAACAUUCUCCGAACAAACACGCUCCACGACCUCCACCACCGUUAGAAGACAUGGAAAGAGAGGCAGACGACGAGGGGGGUCGAGAAAGAGGUGGCUAGGGUUUGGUUCAAGGCGAGUUUGCCUUGAUCUUUGACCUGCAUAUCUCGAUAGCAGAAUCGCGUGUCGUUGGGCUGACAAAGAAGCCGCAGUUGUUCGUGCUGAGAGGAGGUCGCCUGGAAUUUGUGCUCUUCCGCCAUCCUUUUUUCUUUCCUUUAUGUCAGCAUUUUGUCAAUACAUAACGUGUUAGCGCUCUAUCCGAUCCUGGAAUAAACAUCUCCCAUUUACUUCAAUCCAAAGAACUAGCAAAAGAGCCAAAGAACAAACAUCUCCCAUUUCCUGCGGACAAAUUGCUACCUUAGAAUAACCAUACCAACCACAACCAUCCUUACUACAGAGGGGAAAGAUUCUGUCAAGUUGGCAAUAUGCUGUCUGGACUCGGCGAUGUUAUCUCCCUGCCGGCGGCAACUCUCCCCCUGCUGCUCUGCCCUUAACGUCCCCUGUUUCAUCACACUAUUGUAAAAUGGCUGGCCGACCACAUAACCUCCUCCCCUGUUUCUGUUGUUAGUGGGUGGCAUCUUUAUCAUCACUCGAACACCUCUUGACUAAGAUAUAUACUAUUAAACUAAACAAUGGCUAAACAAUUCACGCAAUGAAAUGUGACUGCUUCUGACUUUUUGUCCUUGACAUCAUAUUUUUAUCCCCAUCCUGCCAAGUGAUUCCAAUCCAUCUCUCCUUCUCUUUAUAUAUAACCCCCUCACUUUCCCAUCACAUUCAGACACCACUCUCACGGUCCUUUCAACAUUUUUCUCCAAGUGCCUCAAAACUUUCUGCCGUCCUUUCUACCUUUGUUCACACAAUUGGAUAAUCAUGAGAACUACUUCCUCUGUUUGUUCACUUCCUGCUCUGUAUCUGCUUCUAAUCAUUCUUUUGGCGUCAAUCGACCACUCUGCUUCUCGGCCAAUCAGGUCCUCUGCUUACGGAGAAAGGGUAGUGAAGAUCAACAACGGAACCAAGACGAAGUUCCCUUUCCCGAUUCCGGCGAGGCUUGCAGCGAUGUCUCGGUUCGUUCCUGGGGAAAGUACGGCGAAUUACGAGCUCGACAAGCCAAUGCACAGCAUUUCGGAUCGGUGCGUCCCCGCGGGACCAAACCCACUUCACAAUUAGAGUCCGGUAAACAUGAGGUUGAUCAAUGGCGGUGGAAAGAAUCAAAGUGGUUCUCGGAAAGAAUGGAACUUUAGGGAUCUUUCUUCUUCCCCUGUUUUUUUAAGAGCGUUUCUAUUUUUUAGUCGUUUUUGUUCCUUCAUUUUUCAUUGUUCAUUCCAUUCUUUCCACGAACCAGUCAUGAUUCUGAGCUGUUUGAAGAUAAUAAAAUGCCGCUUUGUACACUUUUGAUUGGGAGGUAUGAAUACAAAGAGAUCUUACAUAGUUCUCUGUUCCAUUCAUUCUAGAAUUUCAUCGUCAACAAUACUAGCAAUUACCUGCCCCUGUAUACGCGAAUUGUCUUUGUCCUUAAGGAAUUCGACUGAAAACGAAGCCCAAUUCAAGUCACCAGAAGGAAGGAAAGCUUGAAAAGGUUCAAUAACGAAGACCAAAUCUCAGAAUUGCGCUAAAGUUUACAAAGACUUCCUCUAUGGAAGUUGCCAUGGAAGGUUGACUCUGUUUGCAGCAGCUUCGAUUUCUGUUCAUGUCAGCAAAUUACCUACUAAUCACAUUAACUAAUCCUGCAUCCAUAGAAUACAGCCAACAGUCCUUUUCAUCAUGAUUAAUCAAACUUCACAUCUUCAGAAUUCGAAACUUGAACAUUUCUGGUUGAUCAUUUGAAAAGCUUAGGCCUGCCUGUAAUGAAGAUUAAGGACUGACUGAUCUGGUAAUAAUCCAAAAGUUUAAUCUCAACGAACUUCCCAACCCGCACACCUUAAUUAUCCACAUUAAUUAAAUAAACAGGCUUACGUUUGUUUGAAGUUGAGUUGUCCUUUCUUGCUCCAUCAUAUUGUCCGGCUCUUCAAGAUUCCAAACUGUUUCUAUGCCUCAAUACCUCCAAAAGUUAACCAUUUGUCACCAACCUUUUGUACUUUUAAAAGGCUUAAUUCACUUGCAUAGCCAUAACUAUGCACUUUUUAACAAUAAUAGCCACUUUUUAAAAAAUGCACAAUUGUAGCCACAUUUUAGAAACUUGUUUGCCAAAAUUAGUCAUUUCCGUCAAAAACUUUAACACCGUUAGCAAGACGCUGAUGUGGCUAUCACCUCAGCUCCAACACACCAAAUCAAGCCACAUGGAUGCCACAUCAUAUUUUUAAAUGAAAAUAAAUAAUUUAAUUUUCAUAAACAACAAUCGCUUCCAAACCACAUCCUCCCCGGAGCUCCAAACUUCUCCAUCAAUCGGAUCUAGGUUUCCCGAUGGGUAUGUUGGGUAAAGGCGCUCGAUUCAUCUAGAGAGUACUAAAUCGCCAAAAUUCGUUCGAGUUCUUCAGCUUUGGUUAUCCCUUCCCAAACCCUCAUCCUUUUCAAAUCUCUAUUAGCUAGGCCCUCAAUUGAAUCAAAGUGGAGGAGACGACGAUGGUGGUGAUUGGUUUCAGAAUCGAUCACGGUGGUGGUGGUGAUGGAUUAGGAGGAAUGAAAGACAGGGGUCCGGGGGAUGGAAGAGAGAAGGGCACGAAAUAGGAGGAAGUUGCCACCAGAGCUCCUGCUCGUGCUCCAACUCCAUCGCCGCCCACUCUUUGUAGGCCUCCACCUCGAACAGCUUCAUAAAUCGGAGUCGAUUCUUGACGAAUCGAAGAUGCGACACCACAAGCAACAACUCACCUUCUCGUCGAUUUCACCCGGCUUCAACCUCUUCCGACUAAACCCUUGUUGAGGGGAUUAAAGAUAUGAGAGGUCA